GUCGCGGCGCCGCAGCAUGUCGCUGCCCGAGCCCCUGAGGAGGCGGCUCGGCUCCUUCAGCCGCACUGUCUUUACCGACAGCAGCCGCACUGGCCCGCAGUGCCCGGGCAACAGCGCAGAUAAUGAAAUAAUUUCCAGUUUACCACUGCAGAUGUCCCUUUAUUUCAACGUUUAUUUUUUCCCGCUUUGGUGGCUCAGCACUAUUGUCAUGCUCCAAUUCAAGUAUCCAAUCUUGUCAGAUUACUACAAGUUCAUUGUGGUCACAGUCAUCAUCCUAGCCUCUCUAAUAGAGGUCAUCCGGCUAUACCUGGGAUACAUGGGCAAUCUCCAGGAGAAGGUCCCUGAGCUGGCUGGGUUUUGGCUUCUGAGCCUUCUACUGCAAUUGCCUAUAAUUCUCUUCUUGCUGUUCAAUGAAGGCCUGAAAAUUCAGCCGCUGGAACGAGCUGUCAAUAUAAUCUUUGCUUUCUUCCUCACCUUUCAAGUCAUUGCAGCCUUUCUUGCCCUGAGAAAAAUGGUAAACCAACUGGCAACUCACUUCCGCCUCAAUGAGUUUGACCGGCUGGAGGAACACCCUGUACCUGAUUUUUACGGCCUAGGAAAAGAAGAGGGUGCAUUCUCCUUGGCUGCUAUGGGCCCGUAUUGAAGAGUUCUCCUGACAAGUGUUGGCUGGGGAUCCGCAUUGAGGGCCUGAGAAGUCACCAGAGGCAUGCCUCACGCUGCAACAGCUCCAUUUCCAUUUUGUUAGGUCAUUCUUGACCUUCCUACUUCAGAGACAUUAAAUAAAUAAAUAAAUAAAUAAAAAGAUCUUGCUUAACAACCAGCAUGGCCAACAUUGGACCUCAAAAACCUGAGCUCCGCUCUGCAAGAAAAAUUUAAGCUUAUUGUGUAACUGGCCAACUUGAUUGAUUUAUUGGCAGACUUACUGGGUAGAGUACGCAUGGAAUAGAUUUGGUAGUUUUUACAUUUUACAAAGCUGUAUACUGUGUUUAAAAAACAUCCAGAACUAUUUGAA